UGGGAUGCGGCAGAGAGACGGAGGGGGAGUGUGGGACACACGGAGUGAAGACAGACACCAAGAGGGACAGAAAAGGAGGAGAGACAUAAAAUAAUCUGUGUUCCUGAUGAUUUAGCUCCUCAGGUUACAGAGACAGAGAGACAGACAGACUGACAGACAGAGAGUGAGAGAGAGAGAGAGAGAGAGAGAGAGAGAGAGAGAGAGAGAGAGAGAGAGAGAGAGAGCUACACACAGACAGAGAGAGAGAGAGAGAGAGAGAGAGAGAGAGAGAGCGAGAGAGAGCGAGAGAGAGAGAGAGCUACACCACAGACAGACAGAGAGAGAGAGCGGAAGGAAAAGUUCAGAUCCCACGGAGCAGCUCGUGGGAGUGGGAAGCAGGAUCGUGACUGAAGCUCCACAGUCUGUCUCAUCAUGGCAGGACCUGGAGGUGACAUGCAGUGGUGCUUCUCUCAGGUGAAAGGAGCCAUUGAUGACGACGUAGCUGAAGCAGACAUCAUUUCCACAGUUGAGUUUAACCACACUGGGGAGCUGCUCGCCACCGGAGACAAGGGAGGGCGCGUAGUCAUUUUCCAGCAGGAAAUAGAGAAUAAGAGUCAGCCUCAGUUCAAGAGUGAAUACAAUGUUUACAGCACUUUCCAGAGCCAUGAGCCCGAGUUUGACUACUUGAAGAGUUUGGAGAUUGAGGAGAAGAUCAACAAAAUUCGCUGGCUUCCUCAGAAAAAUGCUGCCCAAUUCCUGUUGUCAACUAAUGAUAAGACAAUCAAGUUGUGGAAAAUCAGUGAACGAGACAAAAGACCAGAGGGCUAUAAUCUCAAGGAGGAGGAUGGACGCUACAAAGACCCAAACACUAUCACAUCACUGCGGGUACCAGUUCUGAUACCCAUGGACCUCAUGGUGGAAGCCAGUCCACGGAGGGUGUUUGCCAACGCUCACACCUACCAUAUCAACUCUAUCUCAGUCAACAGUGACAAUGAGACCUAUCUGUCUGCAGACGACCUCCGCAUCAACUUGUGGCACCUCGAGAUCACCGACCGCAGCUUCAACAUCGUUGACAUCAAACCGGCCAACAUGGAAGAGCUAACGGAGGUGAUCACAGCAGCGGAGUUCCACCCUCAUCAGUGUAACACGUUUGUGUACAGCAGCAGCAAAGGAACCAUCCGUCUCUGUGACAUGCGAGCCUCAGCGCUGUGUGAUAAGCACUCCAAAUUGUUUGAGGAGCCAGAAGAUCCUAGUAAUCGCUCGUUUUUCUCUGAGAUCAUAUCAUCGAUCUCAGACGUCAAGUUUAGCCACAACGGGCGCUACAUGAUGACCAGAGACUACUUGUCUGUGAAGAUUUGGGAUCUUAACAUGGAGAACAGGCCAGUGGAGACUUAUCAGGUUCAUGAGUAUCUCAGGAGCAAGCUGUGCUCGCUCUAUGAGAACGACUGCAUCUUCGACAAGUUUGAAUGCUGCUGGAAUGGUAACGACAGCGUGGUGAUGACGGGCUCAUACAACAACUUCUUCCGGAUGUUUGACCGUGGCCAGAGGCGGGAUGUGACUCUGGAGGCGUCCCGUGAAAACAGCAAGCCCAUGCAGGUCCUGAAGCCUCGCAAGGUUUGUGCAGGAGGGAAGCGCAAGAAGGAUGAAAUCAGCGUUGAUAGUUUGGACUUCAACAAGAAGAUCCUUCACACUGCCUGGCAUCCCCAGGACAACAUCAUCGCGGUGGCAACGACCAACAACCUCUACAUAUUCCAGGACAAAGUGAACUAAGUACAGGGUGAGCUUCUGUGAGAUCUGGCGUGGGCGACUUCAUGUGUACCACCUGCAGCCUUUCAGGCUCAGCAAGGGUGAUCUGUGGGAACCACGACAACCAGCAUCCCUGUCUGUUGCUACCGGGUGACCAGACUUUGCCACUUUGUUCUAGAUGUGGACAGAGAAAGCCUCGCUCUUGCCCAUCAUCGGCCUGUCUGUGGCAGAGAAACACCCGCCUUGUUGUUUAAGUGAUGUUGUGCCAAUUCUUUUCCCCCCUCACUUUUUUUUGUUUCAGUUCUGUUUUGCUUUGCAAGGCCACCUGCCCUUUCCUCCCCCAGGGUAACAUGGGUAAAGCAGUUUAAUUUCCUUAAAAAUUCUGAAUACAGACACACUUAUUUUUAUAACUUUCCCCCCCAAUGGCUCUGUGGUAGAAAAUGACAACACUGAUUUAGUAUGUCCCCUUAUUGUCCUGUGCCAUUCUAGUGUUUAUUUUUCUAAGAAAAACAUGUUUUGUUUGUGUACACUUUUUAUUAAUUCAUCUGUCAUACUGUCAUGGUAUUCUUUGACUCACUUCACAUGUCCCUCCUCUUUAAUUAAACCAUGCAGACUCAGCAGUCACAGUUUUCUUCACACACUCGUGGCUCAGACUGGACAGGGACAUGUCAGCGGUCGCCUCCAGGAGAAUUAGUUAUUUCACAGAAGAAAAGCCUGACUCACUGUCGCUGUGCCUCAGGCUCUGGGUGCUCUAAAAGGUCCUCUAGAUACAGAUUUUUUUAUUUUCAAUUGGCUCUGUCUUUCCAUCUUUUGUGCAUUGGUUCCUCUUUUUUUCCUUUUCUUUGUGUUCAACAAUAGUCAGGUAUAAGAGAUAGCCUAUUCAAAGAGAAUUAUUAUGAUUGUCAUAUUUAUAUUAAAAAAAGAUAAAAUGUCACCAGAUUUGUUCCGUCCUAUUUUGUGAAAAGAAGCCGGACCUUAGACAUAACUUUUUCUGUGUCAUCUUAAGUAUUGUCUUUCCAUAGUGUACCACAGCUCUGGAGCAGCACUUCACAACAGGGAAUAUUUGAUUUGACACUGGACUCUCUUACUGCACCAACUCAAGUACUUCGAUGUGUUGAAAGACUGCAGCUUAAAAGAAAACAUUAUUUGAGGCAUUAAUCACUUAAAGUGUUUGUUGAAACUACUGCAGACAUUAUAAAUGCUACUGUAUGUGAUGGUACAAUAAGCUGCAAAAUGAUUUGCAGCAGUUGAUGUUCCCACACCGUAUUUAAAAUGUGGUCCGUUACGACUCUAUUGAUGCCUCUAGUAAUGUAUAACUACAAUUUUAAUCUAUGACAGUGAAGAUAAUAAAGGAACUACUUUUUGCA